CGGCCAUAAACUUUGAAUACUGCAAAGAUCUCUCUCUCUCUCUCUCUCUCUGGUGCGGCCAUGGAUCUUCGUAAGAGCUCGAUAUUGAUUUUGAUCCUUACACUGUUGUCUCCCAGAACACUAUCAAUGCGAUACGAGCUUCGCUCCGGGCAAACGAAAUGCAUCUCCGAGGAUACUCACGCAAACUCCAUAAGCGUCGGCAAAUACUUCAUCGUAAACCCUAACGAAGGACAUCCUCUUCCUGAUUCCCACAAAAUCACCGUCAAGGUGAUGCCGGCAGAAGGGACGACGAUGAAGCACGAAGCCGAUAAUGUGGAGGCAGGGCAGUUCUCGUUUACUGCAUUCGAGACCGGGACUCACUACACGUGCAUCUCCGCCGUUGCUCAUAAGCCGGAGACGACGUUGACCGUUGAUUUUGAUUGGAGGUCUGGUGUUCACUCUGCUCACUCCAAGGAUUGGUCAAAACUAGCCAAGAAGAGUCAAGUCGAGAUGAUGGAGUUAUCGGUUAAGGGCUUAUUCGAAACUAUUAAUUCCAUCCACGAGGAGAUGUUUUAUCUCCGUAGAAGUGAAGAAGACAUGCUUGAACUGAAUAGAUCUACAAACUCGAAGAUGGCCUGGUUGAGUUUAUUGUCACUCGGUGUUUCUUUAUCUGUUGCUGGUCUCCAGUUUUGGCACUUGAAAUCUUUCUUUCAGAAGAAGAAACUCAUCUAAGUAAGUAAAGACCAUUAGAGAGAAACUAUUGCCUUGAGCAUACAACUUAAUUGAUAUACACUUUUUGUGAUGGUUAUUGAUGAUCUCUGGGAUUUCAGAAUUUGUGAUAUGUGUUGUUAUGAAUUGGAUAAGCCACAUUGAUCAGAUGGCAAAGAUUCCUUGUUCUUCUCAGUUCUCUUGAGAAUCUCCAUGAAGGAGAGUCUCUGGUUCAUGUUUACGUCCAAACAUUUGAUGAUAAUGCUGAAACAAACA